AUGAAGUUGGCUUUUACCCUGCUUGUGUUCGCCCUGACACCCAGUGUGGCAGUCAGCGCGCCACUCCAGCAGCGUUCUCGAGCACUACUAAAGAAGUUCACUUCCCUCGUGGUAUUCGGUGAUAGCUAUACCGAUAACGGGGUCCGAUCAUACAAACCGCCAGUUGCAGCUGAGUCAACGAAGAGAAGCACCGGCGGUCGUGUAUGGCCCAGUUAUAUACGCCAAUACACCGGCGCGAACAUAUACGACUACGCCUGGUCAGGUGCGGUCUGCGAUGCCGUUGUCGCAAACACUGUCCGCAACGGCGUGAAGCAGAAUCAAAUCAAUACCUUUCUGGAGGAUAAUGACUAUGUCAGUAAUACAACCGGAAAGCCCGCCCUGGCCAAUCCGCCAGAUGAAACCGUCUACGCCGUCUGGAUCGGCACCAACGACAUCGGCUACGGAGGCUUUCUCACCGAAGUACAGCCAGCCGGAAUGCCUCUGACGUAUAUGACCGACUGUGUCUAUGCACAGCUUGAUCGGCUGUACGCGAUAGGCGCGCGAGCCUUUGUGCUUAUGAACAUGGCGCCACUAGACUUGACUCCAUUGUAUGCUCUUCCGCAGAACGGUGGCUCGUUGAACGCGCAGUACUGGACCGAUAAAGCGGCUUAUGAUUCCAAUAUCACUCGCUCCAGCGAGAAGAUGCGCCAGUAUGUGACAAUGGUCAAUGCUGUGUAUGACUAUCAAACACCGUAUGAUGUUGUCAUCGCGGAUCGAUAUCCACACAGCCAGUUUGCUGUCUAUGAUGUGCAUGCAUUGAUGACUGACAUUUGGGCAAACCCCUCGCACUAUUUGAAUGGCACGGCGCCGUACAACGUCACGAGCUCUGUCUAUCGCUGUGGAAGCCCCUGUGCGUCUAACGCAGUUCGAGACAGUUACCUGUGGUAUGAUGAUCUUCAUCCGUCGGAGCAGACCGACCGCAUCAUUGCGCGUGAGUUCAUCAACAUCGUCAAGGGCAAGAGUAAUUGGGCAAAAUACUGGAGAAGUUAG